AUUUGAAAUGCUCGGGAAUCCUUCUGGAGGGAAGAAGAGUGGGUAUCAAAACCCAUUUGUGGUUGGCCAGAGCCAACUUGACGAAGACAUUAACCAUCAUGUUUACCCAAAGCUUGAGGUACAAGAUAACUUGACUCGGAUUAUACAAGGUAAGGAAGAGAGUAAAGUUGAAAAUUUGCAGGCAGAUGCUUUCGGAAAUAUUAACCAUCAAAUUGCACAGAGAAUAAUUGGAACUGGUCAGAAUGACCUCAAAAUGCUCAAAGUCAAACCUGAGAAAGAUACUAAGCAAAAAUACGCCGCUCAUAACAAACAAGGAAAGCAUGACAAUAUUGAGUUCCAUGGUCCCGAAAGAUUUAAUAACAAUGAUUUCAUGUCACAAUUUCAUAAUAUUUAUUAUAACGGAGAAGCAGCCAGGGUUCAGGCCCAAGACCAGAGUUCAAAAAUCUCCGCACCAGCUGGAGGCUCUAUGAAUGCUUUACAAGUAGCAAUGCUAGAAGAUAAAAUCAAGGAAUAUGUUGUAGGUGAGCUUAAAAGCCUCAAAUCUGAAAUGCAUACUCAUCAAGGGAAGAACAUUAAAAAGCUACAAAGAAAGCAUGAUAAUGCUACUAGGAGGUUAGCCAAGGGAUUUGAUAAGAAGAUUAAGGACACUGAUUCACAAUUAAGGAUGAACAUUCGUGCUUCUAACCUCAUGGAAUCAUCCAGAGCCAUUUCUGCCUCUAAUAGCGUCUUUGAGAUGGCUCAGCCUUCCUCGAACCAGAAUAUGGGAGGUCAGAACAUAAUGGCAACAAAGCUUAAAGAAGAUAUUCAGGAAGCUAUUGCUGCUGAUUCAUUACUCUGAAAGCCUAUAGAAGGAGCAGAUGUCCCUAUUCGUCAAACUCAAUAUACCAGAGGUGGGGAUUUAGUCCUUGUCGAAGACCUAGAAUCAGCUCCUAGGCUUGAAACAAACACCGGUGGGGAGCCUUACGUAUUUGACCACCUUGAAGACCUUGUUGGUGAUCUCUACUCCGCUAUAAGAAACCCGAAUGGAUUCCAGUCAAAGCUGAACCAAAGAAAUUAUCUGGCUGAGGAAGAUAUCUCUGAGAUAAAGGCUCCUGUUGAAAAGAAGCCUGCCAAGGACAAAUCAAAGGAUCGACGUAGGCUAAACUCAAAAGAAAAGCGAGAAAAGAAGGAAAAAGAGCUGUUCGACACUAGAAUCGAGGAUGACCCUAAUGUUACUCAAAAACAGAGAGAUAAGACCAUAGACCUGAUGAUCAAGAUGUUGGGAAGGCACAUUGAAGAUGCUAAGAGCGAAGCUAAAGACCUCACUAAAUUCGUAAAGGAUACAGAAACUCGGAUCAAUAGGUUUAAUGACCAGAUCGACGAAGAAGAAGCACAAGUGGUCAUUGAUGACAUCAAGCGAAAGAAAGAUAUAGCAAAGAAGGAAAUGGACAAGGGAAUGAAGGAAGCUGACGAGGAGUUUGAAGCCAGAGAACCUCAAUGCGACGAUGCCCUGAUAGAUAAUGAGAUGUUACUAGCUGAAGUUGAUUUUUAUAUGAAGACUAAGAAAGCGGAUCAUGACGAUUCUGACCUUUCAGAUGAUAGUUCGGACUAUGAAUUCCAACCAAUUUCAAGAACAACUAAGAAGCCCAAAAAGACAAAGAAGAGGACUGGGACUGGCAAAAUCAGGGCUCAAGGUCGGCCUUUCCAGUCUAAUAAAAAGACUGGAAUUGGUAAGAAUAAGAGUAAGAAAAGAAGACCUGUCGUAGCAAAGAUUUUGGAAGAAGGCUGGGAUCCUUCUACAGCUUCUGCAUAUGGAAUCAAAGAAUCGGAUAAAACAAAAUCAACACCUCAAAAGAAACCUCGGGGAAGAGAUAGAGUGAAUCAAGACCAUCUUGAAAGGACUAAGAAUUUGAGGGAAAAGAGCAAAGAGAGUUUGAAGAGACUUAACAAGCUUGAUCAGGAGCGUCUCCAAAAAGUUGACAAGCAACUUAAUGAUGAAGUCUCUCGUGCUUUUGACGAUAUGGCCAAUAUUUUGGAAAAAUAUGACUAAAUUUCAAUAUA